UUAUGACGGAAAAACGCGUUCCUUCCCGUCGCACCUUCUAUCCGAGACGCGCAUCGCAACGGCAACCUGUAGAACGCAACGCGAGUUGAAAUGCACAGCGGUAGCGGUUGUAUGAAUUCUGUCGGAUCAUAUCAGCUGAUCUUUCGGUCGUUUUUUCGUUGACUUUUAGACUAGAUUCAUUCAACUGAACACAACUAGUUUAUUACCAACAUAAAUAAAAAAUAAAAAAAAGAUCACCUGUAAAAUGGAUUGUUCUUCUGAGGCGGUGCAGUUGCUUUCGGAUGAAGCCACCACUCCAAUGGAAUUGAAAAAAGGAAUGUCCAUAUUUCUGGAUAUCUUAAGAAGAGCAGAUAAAAACGAUGAUGGGAAGUUGUCGUUUGAUGAGUUCAGAGCCUACUUCCAUGAUGGAGUUUUAACAUCAGAUCAACUGAAGGAGCUCUUUAACACCAUAGACACUCACAACACAGACAACGUGGACACCGACGAGCUGUGUGAGUACUUCUCCCAGCACCUUGGUGAAUAUGAGAAGGUCCUGGCAGCCCUCGAGGACCUCAACAUAACAAUACUGAAGGCAAUGGGCAAGACCAAGAAGGACUACCAGGAAGCCACACACCUGGAGCAGUUCGUGACACGCUUCCUGUUGAAAGAGACAACCAAUCAGCUCCACUCGCUGCAGAGCUCCCUGGAAUGUGCCAUGGAGACCACGGCCGAGCAAACCCGUCAGGAGAGACGAGGCCCAGUGAAGCCUGAUGUGCUGUCCAUCCAGUGGUCAGGGAGAAGAUCCAACCGAAGGCUUCAAAGAAACAACAGCUUGUCUCCUAACAACCCACUACUCAGCCUGGUCAACUCAGGUCUGUAUGACGAGGACAACCAAUGGAUGACUCAGGUCAACAGACUCCAGAAGCUUAUUGACCGGCUAGAGAAAAAGGAGGUUCGAAUGGAGCCAGUUGACGAGGAGGUGUUGGAAGGAAUAACCAAAUCACACAUCCUGAUAGUCCAGAGGCAGCUGAAUGUAUUGGAGGAGGAGCGGGAUGAGUUUCGCCUGGCUCUCAGGCAGUACAUGGAGUGUGCCUGCGCCCAGACAGGCUGUCUGCAUGUGACAGUUCAACGACUGGCUGAUGAGUCCCGUUUCAUCCUGUACGAGUUCUGGGAACACAACCACGUGUGGAAGAACCUCCUGGUGGGUCCUAAACAACAACUAAAUGACAUCACGGCGGGCCGACUGAGGACCGCUAUCGAUCAGAAACGUAGUUUGUAGUCUAUCGUCUAUCAUUAGCAUUGGGAAGAAGUACGCACACACACACACACACACACACACACACACACACACACACACACACACACACACACACACACACACACACACACACACACACACACACACACACACACACACACACACACACACACACACACACACACUACUGUCAACUUGUACUGUGAAGUAAUUCUGAAUUAUUAUGUAUCAGACCUCUGUGUCCCUUCCUCAUUAGCUGUGUAUUGAUGAUACUGUUCCAUCCUAGAUGUUUACCCUGUUAGGAUGAUACUGUUCUAUCCUAGAUGUUUACCCUGUUAGGAUGAUACUGCUCCAUCCUAGAUGUUUACCCUGUUAGGAUGAUACUGCUCCAUCCUAGAUGUUUACCCAGUUAGGAUGAUACUGCUCCAUCCUAGAUGUUUACCCUGUUAGGAUGAUACUGUUCCAUCCUAGAUGUUUACCCUGUUAGGAUGAUACUGUUCUAUCCUAGAUGUUUACCCUGUUAGGAUGAUACUGUUCCAUCCUAGAUGUUUACCCUGUUAGGAUGAUACUGCUCCAUCCUAGAUGUUUACCCUGUUAGGAUGAUACUCUUCCAUCCUAGAUGUUUACAUCAGCAGUUUCCAGUGUUGUGUCUCAAAUGGUACCCUAUUCCCUAUAUAGUGCACUACUUUAGACCAGAGCCCUAUAGAACCCUAUUCCCUAUUAUAGUGCACUACUUUAGACCAGAGCCCUAUAGAACCCUAUUCCCUAUAUAGUGCACUACUUUAGACCAGAGCCCUAUGGAACCCUAUUCCCUAUAUAGUGUACUACUUUAGACCAGAGCCCUAUGGAACCCUAUUCCCUAUAUAGUGUACUACUUUAGACCAGAGCCCUGCACUCUACAGGGAAUAGUGUGUCAUUUGGAAUGCAUGCCACCUGUCGGUAGCACUAUGGUUCUCUACCGGUCACAAGUUUUACAACACAAGGGUUUUUUCUUUAUUUUUACUAUUUUCUACAUUGUAGAAUAAUAGUGAAGACAUCAAAACUAUGAAAUAACACACAUGGAAUCAUGUACUAACCAAAAAAGUGUUAAACAAAUCAAAAUAUAUUUUAUAUUUAAGAUUCUUCAAAUAGCCACCCUUUGUCUUGAUGACAGCUUUGCACAAUCUUGGCAUUCUCUCAACCAGCUUCAUGAGAUAGUCACCAGGAAUGCAUUUCAAUUAACAGGUGUGCCUUGUUAAAACUUAAUGCGUUUGAGACAAUCAGUUGUGUGGUGACAAGGUAGGGGUGGUAUACAGAAGAUAGCACUAUUUUGUAAAAGACCAAGUCCAUAUUAUGGCAGAACAGCUCAAAUAAGCAAAGAGAAACGACAGUCCAUCAUUACUUUAAGACAUGAAGGUCAGUCAAUACAGAACAUUUCAAGAACUUUGAAAGUUUCUUCAAGUGUAGUCGCAAAAACCAUCAAGCGCUAUGAUGAAACUGGCUCUCAUGAGGACCGCCACAGGAAAGGAAGACCCAGAGUUUCCUCUGCUGCAGAGGAUAAGUUCAUUAGAGUUACCAACCUCAGAAAUUGCAGCACCAAAUAAAUGCUUCAGAGUUCAAGUAACAGACACAUCUCAACAUCAACUGUUCAGAGGAGACUGUGUGAAUCAGGCCUUCAUGGUCCAAUUGCUGCAAAGAAACCACUACUAAAGGACACCAAUAAGAAGAGACUUGCUUGGGCCAAGAAACAUGAGCAAUGGACAUUAGACUGGUGGAAAUCUGUCCUUUGGUCUGAUGGGUCAAAAUUUGAGAUUUUCGGUUCCAACCACCGUGUCUUUGUGAGACUCAGAGUAGGUGAACGGAUGAUCUCCGCAUGUGUGGUUCCCACCGUGAAGCAUGGAGGAGGAGGUGUGAUGGUGUCGGGCUGCUUUGCUGGUGACACUGUCUGUGAUAUAUUUAGAAUUAAAGGCACACUUAACCACCAUUGGCUACCACAGCAUUCUGCAGCGAUACGCCCAUCCCAUCUGGUUUGCAUUUAGUGGGACUAUCAUUUGUUUUUCAACAGGACAAUGACCCAACACACCUCCAGGCCGUUAAAGGUCUAUUUGACCAAGAAGGAGAGUGAUGGAGUGCUGCAUUAGAUAACCUGACCUCCACAGUCCCCCGACCUCAACCCAAUUGAGAUGGUUUGGGAUGAGUUGGACUGCAGAGUGAAGGAAAAGCAGCCAACAAGGGAUCAGAAUAUGUGGGAACUCCUGUUGGAGACUGUUGGAAAAGCAUUCCAGCUGAAGCUGGUUAAGAGAAUGCCAAGCGUGUGCAAAGCUGUCAUCAAGGCAAAGGGGGGCUAUUUGAAUAUUUAAUUUGUUUUAUUUAUUUCACCUUUAUUUAACCAGGUAGGCUAGUUGAGAACAAGUUCUCAUUUACAACUGCGACCUGGCCAAGAUAAAGCAAAGCAGUGCGACACAAACAACAACACAGAGUUACACAUGGAAUAAACAAGCGUACAGUCAAUAACACAAUAGACAAAAAGAAAGUCUAUAUACAGUGUGUAUAACAUAUUUGAUUUGUUUAACCCUUUGUUUGGUUACUACAUGAUUCCAUAUGUGUUAUUUCAUUGUUUUGAUGUCUUCACUAUUAUUCUACAAUGUAGAAAAUAGUAAAAAUUAAGGAAAAACCCUUGAAUGAGUAGAUGUUCUAACACUUUUGACCGGGUGUGUACAUGGCUGUACUGUACAGGGAGUGUAGUGUUGUAGAUUGUGUGUGGGUGUGUCCGUGGAUUUGUGUCAGUGUGUGUGUGUGUCCGUGUGUGUGUGUUAGAGGCUAUCCCUGUGUAGUAUCAGUGCUUGGGAGGACGAGAACAACCCAAGCUAACCAACAGGUUACCUUACAUUUCUGAACAAAAUGGAUUCUAUAGUUAUUGGAUGUAUUUUAAUGUGUGUAAAUCAUUCAGUGGUAAGAAAUAAAUAUAAUAUAUUGUU